CUCUCACUUAGAAAACUGUGCAGUUUCUAGUAAUCCCUUCUCAUGAGAGAACUUGAAAUAGUUCAAAAUUUAUAUAAAAACAGUUAUUUAACUUUCUACACACCUAGAUUAUUCCAUUUGAUAACGUAUUCUUUUGGUUUCUCUGGGCCAUGCUUACGCUGCUGUUGUGACACUAGUGAAUAUGCUUAAUCUUGUUGUAAAAACUGCAGUGACGGAUACCAAAGGAGCAAUGACAAUUUCAGAUAGACACAUGGCAGGUUUGCCAGUGCAAGGCAGUGAAUGGGGUAUGCACUAAUGCAGCAGGAUGGGCAGUGUAAUUGUGGCAUCACACAUACAAGGAAAAUGUUUCUUGUGCGAAAAUACCUAAAACCUCUACGUUUUAAAACUUAGUUUCCCCUUCCCCAAACGUUUUAAUUUUUGUGCAUGCAUUAAAGCUACAUAAUUGUGAGAUUUGGAAAGCGUCCCAGCAACUCAGGAUUGUAUGUCAGUCCAGUAAGAAGAAAACAGCAGGACUGGUUCUGCCUCUGCUAUGGCUCUCAAUGCCAUCGGAUAACAUGGAUGAAUCCUGCAUACAGAAUCAGCAUAAAAUCAAGACACGUCAUGGCAGUUCCUCCAGAUCUUCAUCAGCAGUAUUUGCAGGCUUGCCAAAACCUGAGCCAACCUGAGAAUCACUUCGUUGCUCGUAUGCUUCAAGAAGCUGAUAAAAGUGAUAAUAGCGGAUGGGCAAAAGGGAUCACGUUAAAAAUAGCUGGCAAUAAUCGGUUAGUGCCUGUGCAGAGAGUUACAGAUGAAGAUGUUCAGGUUCUUGCCUCUGUCUUAUGCAGUGCUGUGUUUGUCACUGGUUUGGAUCUUAAAUAUAACAUGUUGACCGAUGUUGGAGUAAAGCACGUGGCAGCAUUCCUCCAGGAAAACUCAACCCUGCGAUACCUGAACCUGAUGUUUAAUGAUAUUGGCACGAGUGGAGCAGAGCUGAUAGCAAAUGCUCUCCGUAGGAAUGAAACUCUUUCUCAUUUGAGAAUGACUGGAAACAAAAUAGGCACUAAGGGUGGAAUGUGCUUUGCUUCAAUGCUACAAGUUAAUUGCACCUUAGAGAAGUUAGAUCUUGGAGACUGUGAUCUGGGUACGCAGUGUCUAAUAGCAAUAGCAUCAGUCCUGACUCAGAACAAAGCAGUCAAAGCAAUAAACCUGAACCGUCCAUUGCUGUACAGCCAAGAGGAACACACCACAGUCCACAUAGCUUUGAUGUUGAGGAAUAAUUCUUCUCUUGUGGAACUACAUCUGUGCAAGCACGAAAUGAAAAGCUUUGGUGUAGAGCGACUGUGUGAGGCGUUGUAUGAAAACUGCAGCCUAAGAUACCUUGAUCUCAGCUGUAAUAAAAUAACUCGUGAUGAUGUGAAAUUCUUGGGAGAACUACUGAAACAGAACCAAACUCUGGAAAUCCUGGAUCUUAAUUCAAACCGAAUAGAAGAUGACGGAGCUAUCUACUUGAGUGAAGCUUUGGCUCUGUACAACAGGACUCUGAAGGCGUUGUCGGUAGUAAGCAACAAUAUAAGUGGCAAAGGGCUGGUAGCUCUCUCCCAGUCAAUGAAAAUAAACAUGGAACUCUCCUAUAUUUAUAUUUGGGGGAACAACUUGGACGAAGCCGCCUGCGUGGCGUUUUCAGAAUUAAUUCAGGCUGGCCGCUUGAAGCCUAAUUGCACAGAUGUGGAACCCUACGAAGUGGACGGGCACGCUCACCUUGCAGAGCUCUCCCAUGGCCUUAAGAAGCAUUACUACUGGACACCAAGCUACGGGCAGGGGAAGAAUGCUGCUGCUAAUGCCAGUCUGGCAAUUGUAGCUGUUUCAGAGUAUUUCUAAGGUGGGUCUCAAGAAUGAGAAGUCUCCCUAGAAAAAUUCCAUGUUUUCCCCUAUUAAUGUCUUAAAGAAGUUAACAAUAUUGUUAUACACCACGUACCUCCAAAAUGAACUCGGACUCUUUAA